AUGUCUCGUGUACCACAAGAAGAAACACUUGUGAACACAAGCAGGAAGGCUACAAAUUUUCUCUUCCUUACAGAUUACUUGAUUGGAGGAGCUUCUCGAGCCAUCGGAAGAACAUUAACAGCACCAAUUGAUCGAUUCAUGAUUCUCCUUCAUCACCCAGAAAAACCCAAGUUUCCGCAAGCUUGUUUCUUGUUUUGGAGAGGAAAUUUACUCAACAUGAUCAAAUCGUUCUUUCCAAAUACUGUGGUUUUUAAUUUUGCCAUCAAGGAUUUGAUAAAGAGGCAGAAUUAUUUACCAUUUCAAACAGUUGAUCAGAGAGGAUAUGGAUUUGUGGUGAAUCAGUUUGUGAGUGGUGGUUUGGCAGGUGCUUGUUGUGAAUUUGUGAGAUUCCCUUUUGAUAAUAUUAUGAAAUUUAGGGUGGGUCAAUUGGGUAGUGGAAUGGAAAAGUAUUUCGGGUUGUUUAAAGGGGCUGGUAUUUCAGUAAUGAGCGCAAUGGUUUAUCGUUCGUUAUAUUUUGGAUUAAAUGAUUCAUUGAGAGAAGUGAAUACUUACAGGAAUGAUUUGGGAGUGAAAGGAGUCAUAUCUAAAUAUGGGAUAGCUCAAUUAGCAUCAGCAAGUGCUUGGAUUAUGAACAGUCCAAUUAGCACCAUACAAAGAAGAAUGAUCAUGCAACAACAAUAUUCCCCCAAUCAAUGGCAUUAUAAUUCCUCAAUAGAUU